ACUGAAAGUGACGAGCAUAAAUUAUAGCAAAACUAGAUCCGGUAGCUUGGGACUAUAAAUAAGCCAACUCGGAUUGGGAAAUCAGAACAGAAGCCCUUCAACCGCGAAAAUGAUCAAAGCCAGCUCUGCACCAAUUGUUGUUCUUGUCCUGAGCCUGAUCGCUCUAGGUACGGCAGAGCCGCUCCGGCGCAGAUUCUCCGCCCGGCAAGAAGAGGCUCCGCCCAGUCCGUCACCCACGGGCUACCCAGAGGCGGGAGUCACACCAAGUGUUCCCUUUGAUCUUCCCAGCUCGACUGUCAAGCCGGAGAACACUUAUCUGCCACCGGAUAACACCUAUGGACCUCCGGAUAACACUUAUGGACCCCCGGAUAAUACUUAUGGACCUCCAGAGGUCGAUCCUGAGUCGCAGCCUGAGAAUCCUAUCGAGACCGAUGAUAUUCCAGAAACUGAGGAAGAGUCGGUGGAUGGCGCCAAGCUGCUGCCAGAGGAGGAUGAGCCCCAGCUGGAGGUGAGUGAGGAUGGCACUGUCAUCGUCGUGGCCAGCAGUCUCGACCAGCCACAGCCGGCCCAGUCCGCCCGACUCUACCAGCGAUUCCCCCAAGGACGCCGUUCCCAACAGCCCGUCCCCCAGCGACUGAUCCUGCGUCGCAGUUGGUAGACUUCAAGGAGUCUUUGAAAGACUUAGACUAGAAUUUAUUGCUAAGCUGCUUACCACAAAAUCAAAUUCUUUAAUUGGUCAAAAAAAUAAUUGUGUAUCUACUAAGACGUUACAAUAAAUAUUUGAUUCAUU